AUGAAAUCAACUUUUACAAGGUCUGCUUAGAGAAAUCUUGAAGAGCAACCAGUUUGUUCUUAAUUCAAAGCAUCUUCUCAGUUACAUGCUGCUCUCCUUAAUGAGUAUAAGCGACCUGAAAAUUCGUCAAUGCCUAAAGUCACACUUACGUCCACCGGAAAAGAAGCUGUCAGAUAAGCUAGACUCGAAAAAGAAGUCUAAAAAUUUGAAUAUACUUUGCAAUCUGAAGUUGCUUCAUUGCCUAAACAUCCUGCACCUAUAUUUAGAGAAGAAACAAAAUUGCUUAUUGAAAGGUAAAAGGAUAAUAGAAGAGAAAAGCAUCUGAAGUUUUGCGAUGAAUUUGAGAAAUGGGUCAAUCGUCUUAAUAAAAAUUUAGAAGAGGCUUAUAAAGAUAUUAAAAGAGAUAUUACAGAUUUCUUUUCUGAAUCAGAUCAAUAGAUAACUAAUUAUUAUUAAACACUUACUGAUGAAGCCUUACUUAAAAGGGAAAUUGAAUUUGUGGAGAGUAUUCAUUCGACUGUUAAUGCACAUAGAGAAAAAAGGGAAACCAAAGUCAAUGCACUUGAUAAAAGACUAGAAGAUUUAGAAAAAGAGAGAUUUAGAUCCUUAGAACUAUUCUGUAAUAGAUUCUAAGAAGGUCUAAUUGAUGUGGCAUUUCAAUUAGAACCUGAAAUAACUGCGCAUGUGGAUACUUUCAGAGAAGAGUUUCGAAAGGUUGUGGCAGAGAAGAGAGCAGAGAAUUAAGUCUAUGUUCAAGACGUCAAUAGACAACAUCAAAAGACAUUCAAAUUGUAUGAUGAGACACAAAUUUAGAAAGAAUAACGCUGGAGAGAUUUAAAACAUUAGCAUUACAUCGAAGAAUUUAAUGUUGAUAUUUAGAAAUUAGAAUUUGUCUAUCCUGAUGAAAGAACAAAAUUGUAUGAUAAUUUUAGGAAAACUUAAAAGGAUAUAUUCAGAGAAAGAAAAUAACUACUAGAGAAACUAAAUUCUAUUGAUAUGGCUGCAUUAACAAAAACCAUUGUUGAAAAGUGGAUAGAUGAAACUAAAGCAUAUAAUGAAUUAGCAUCAUAAACAAUUGAUGUUUGUUGUAAUAAUUUACUAGAAGAGACUAAAAAAACACAUGCCCAUUGUAUGUAAAGAUAUGAAUUAAUCAAAUCAUAAUUAUUGUAUGCUAGGGCUAAAUCUGAAGAGGAAUUAAAUCAACUAUUAGAUGAAUAAUUCUUACCCUAAGUUAAUGGUUUAAACCAAUCGGCUAGAGAUUUAAUGAAACAAGCAAUUAAUUACUAUGAGAGAAUUGAUUAAUAAUAGACCGAUAUAAUAACUAAUUUUGGCUAAUUUUAUAUGAAAAUAGCAUAGAAGAAUGAUGAAUACAAAACUGAAAUGCAAUUGUUAAUACAUAAUUACGAAAUUCAGAAAGCAUAAGCAGCAGAUAAAAAUGAUGAAGUAUUAGAGGAACUAACCAAAAAGUUGAAAGAAAAUAAACAAAAGUUAACCGAAGCAUUGCAUCACCCUCGUUUGGAAGAAUGCUUAGCCUAAUGCUAUAAGGAUUUGGAUUUAUUCGGAGAAGAAUACGAAAGAUUUCAUUAAGAUAAUUUGGCUAUAGCUAAUUAACAUCCGAACAUAAUAAGAAAUAAGCAUUAGAUGUUUGAAAAAUCAGCGUUAAGCAUUUUUGAACUAGUUGAUCCGCAAAAGGAAUAAUUUUUACAAGAGAAAUACAGAAGGAUAGCUGAAACCAAAAUUAAAUACUUAAUUGCUAAGGAAGAAUACAACAAGAAAAUUGAAGAAGAGAAAUAAAUCGAAGAAGCAAAGAAUAAAAAAGGUGGUAAACCUCCAGCUACAAAACCAAAAGAUCCAAAAAAAUUUUAAUAAGAAUUAGAGGACAGAAUGAAGUAACUAUUAAAGGAAUAACCUCCUUAAGAAGUAGGUAAAUAUCACAGUCCUCUUGAUUAAUAUUUUGUAUAGUUUAGAUCUACUAUAGAAAUUGCAGAACGUAUGUACAUUCCACCUGAUGAAAUGGAACAAGCUGUAGCUAAAGAGAAGUAAGAGGCUGAUGAAAUUGAAUAACAUUUGUAAUAACAGAAUGCACCAAAGGACCCUAAAGCAAAACCUGCAGUUGCUCCUCCUAUUGAAUUACCUAGUUAUGUUCCAGAGGAUGAUGUUCCUAAGAAAGCGGUAGAUUUUGCUGAAUAACCUCCUAUUAAUGUGUUAAAUUAGGCUGUUUUAGAGAGGGAUGCAGUAAUAACAAUUGAUUAUUUGUCAUAAUUAUUGAAUCAAACGCAAUAGAAAUUGUUUGAUUAUAUAACAAGUUGUCUUAACUUCCAAAAUUAAUAAGCUAAUGAAAGUGAUCAAGAAUUUAUUAAAUAAUCUGAAAAUUAGAGGAAUGAAAAAUAGGCUUAAAUAGAUCCUUAAAAACAAGAAAUCAAAAACACCAUAUAUGUAUUAAGAAGUCAAUAAAUUACUAUGCAUAAAAAAAGAUAUGAACGAUAUGCAAAGUAAUUAGUAGAAAGGAUUGAUGAUCAAACAGAAUAGAUUAAUUUCUUAUUAGAAGGUGGAUUAUUGGAUAUGAAGGAUUAUAUUUAAGAGCAACAAACACUCAAAAACAAUCUACAAUCUGCAACUACUUUAGCCAAAUUAUAAGGAAUUCAAAAUACUGUUAAAGAGAACUAUUUCAAAUUUGGAGAAAAAAUAAAUGAUUUGGAAUAAAAAUUAAGUUAUUUGGCAAAUGAAGAAUUGGAUGUUUUUUUGCAAAAAAAUAAAGAUUUUAUGAGAGAUUGCAAACCAAAUGAAUAUUUUAAAGAAGAAUUAGAAUGGUAUCAAUAAAUGAUGGAUGAACAUAAUGCUACAAUUGUAAAGCAUAAGGAAAAGAGAACACAACGAUUAGAAGAAAUGAAGAAGGUAUUGACAGCCAAAAGAUAAGAAUAAUUGGAUAAGUUUGAAUAAGAAUACAUUGUAGCCGUUGAAGAUUUAGCAGCUAAGGAUGGUACUGGAAAGAAGUAUGGAAGACCUAAAAGAAUAGCGUAAGAAAAAUUAAGAACAGAAAUGACCAAAUGUGAAAAAGCAUAAGAAUGCAUCAAUUUCAAAAUAUAAGAAUUGAAGGAUCUUUAUGAAUUAUUCAAAAAAAAAUAAGGUGAUUAUUUUGCUAAUCUUGAUCCUUCUUUUUCAAUUAAAAUUAGAAAAAUAUUAAGUGGAAUUUUGGUUUGUAUCAAAAGAUAUGCAACUCAUAUUGAAGCACUUAAACCAGAUAAUAAAGUAGUAGAUAUGCCAAGGAUCACAUGGAAGGAAAAUAAAUUCGAUACUAUUUUAGAGAAUGAAGAAUAAUAAGAAGAUAAAAAAAUAAUUGAAAAUGAUUUAGAAAGUAUGGGACCUUUAUUUUAUACUGAAAAGAAACUUUAGGAAAGUUUAGUAGAAAUUGAAAAGAUAAUUAAAGAGGAAGCAAUUAAAAUUUAUGCUGAUAAAUAGAGAUUCUUAACAGGAGCUGAUAAAAUUCCAGAUUAUCUUAGAGCUUAUAUUGAGAAUAUGUAAAGGAAUAUGAACGAAUUCAGAAUAUAAUCUAUUAGAGAACUCAGAAAUGCUUGCGAAGAAUUAUCAGAAAUGUCUCCAAAGAUAAGUGAAAUGAUUCUAUUCUCAAAUCAUUAAAGAUGGAUUUUCACUUUGUAAAUGCUUAACUCUAAUUUAUGGAAUGAAUUACAAUAGGAAUAGAGUAAACAAGAGAAUCUUAAAAAGACCCAUUAGAAAUAACUAAGACCUAAUUUAGGAAAUCCGUAAAUAAAAGAAGAAUUAGAUGAUCUUAAAUCCAGAGAAACUAAAAGAAUUUCUGAUUUUUUGGAAUUACUAUCAAAAUAUUAAGUAACCCUUUUUGAUGAGAAUUUUAAUCAAGGAGAUAAAUAUUUAAAAGCUGCAAGCCAAAAUUUUGAAUUUUUGUUGCUUUUUUAUGAUUCGCUAUUGUUAUUUGAGGAUUUUAUAAAAUUACCUGGUGAUGAGCAAAUACAAAAGAAGCAUUAGAAUUUGAAAGUCUCUUUGAGAUAGAAGUAGAGUGGUUAAAUCAUAGAUACAAAUUCAGAAAGAUCUCUAAGUAAAACCUGGGAAGGUGUUUAAUUGGAAUUGUUUACUAUAGGAGAUAGAAUUGUUCAAUAUAAUUGGCAAAUCAAUUAAGUAAUAAAGGUAGAUCCAAAGGAUGCAAAAAAUAAAGCCCCAGAAGCUAAGAAACCAGCUGCAGGAGGAAAGCAAUAGGAAAUUGAAAAACCCGUAUAGACUACUACAACGCCAUUAAAAUCAUUUAAGACUUUUAGAUAGAUAUCAGCCAAACAUGAGUUCUUUAAAUCAAUAAAUGAAUUCGUGAUUGAGUACAAGAGAUAAGUUGAUUAUGCAAAAGACUAAAUAAAAUUACUUAGUGAAAGAGAGUUAAAGUUCCAAUUUAAAUGGGAAUAAAGCAUUGCUUCUUUGUGA